UGUUAAUCACUCUUUAAAUGACUGAUUCUGUGAAAUGAAUAUCAAGUGUGAAAACUAACCGGUGUGGAGGGGGGCUGGUUUUCCUCCUGAUACUAUAUCUUGUAAACAUUACAUAGGCUACAUAUUAUAGGCUAUAUUUGUCCCUGUCGCCCAAGAGGGUCCAUGUUUUGACUUCGAAACACGACCUGCGCCACUGACACAAAGUAUGGGGCUUUGUCCAGCGGAGGGAGGGCGAUUUCCCCACAGGGAGGAGGUGGAAGAGGACAGAGGAGAGGAGGAGAGAGGUGAGUGGACGCAGUUAUGCCAGCAAGCCGAUUAUUGAAGGCUGCCGAGCUCUCGCUUUCAAUUUGUCGCCGUCCUCUCAUGGUCAACAAGACGCGAGGAAAACUGAAGCUGAAGUUAUUUCCACACUGAGCCGGCUUCAGGAAAGACAGGAAAGUAUUUUUUUUUCAUACUGGCUGCAACUUUUUAUAGGCUAACAUUGUAAGAACUCGUGUUUGAAAUGCCCUUAUUUCGAUUUUGUGCUUGCAAGGAUUCAAUAUGAAAGCUAGGCAAGAAGUUACACUUCUUUUUAUAGUUCUGUUUUAACUUCUGUCUUUUUGAAAUAUUUUUUUAAUCUACCCUACACGAUAUUUUAGUGCAUCAAGUAAGGUGAAAUGCACCUUUAAAUUGAUGUCACUUCUGAAAUUUUUUGUUUAUUUGAACUACAAUAGGUUAGUCUUAUGAUAUUUUUUGAAAGAAUGCCAGAAGUGUAGCAAGUUAUCUAGAACCUACUUUUAUGGUUGCUGUAUAGUCAGGACUCCACUCUGUUACAUGCCUAAAAGUGCUCUAGGGUAGGUUUAUUAUAAGCUUAACACCAGUAAUGCAUAAGCUUGAUCUGGCUGCAGCAAAACUCUUUAUGUGAAAGUGAACUUUACAACCAGGAACCUCACAGCCAAAGCCAGGGACAAGGAAACCCUUUUUGCUUUCCUAGUCUGAAGUACAAAGUGUCAAAAUGACCAGCCCCACCAGGAGUAUCAAAGAUCUGAAAAGCAUAGACAGCCCGUCACACAAACCGGACACCUCCAGGUACCGAAGCUGGAGCAACUGGAGCUUUUCUCGAUGGAGAAGCGGCUCCCAGAGGACAAGUCCCCCUGGUUCCCCCUCCCCAAAGGCAGACAAAAAGAGUGAUGUGUCCAAGACGCUCUUCUCCUUGGUCAAGACACACAACGAUGACUACACAGCGGAUCCAGACGGCCUGCUGAACAUCAGUGAUGAGGCCGAUGGAGGAGGAGGCAAUGAUGAUGAGGAGGACAUCGAAGAGGACCAGUCCACCUACUUCCAGAAGCAGUUUGGCUCCCUGUUGCAACCCGGGGUCAACAAGUUCUCCUUGCGCAUGUUUGGCAGUCAUAAGGGUGUUGCUGCUGAGCAGGCCAGAGUCAGGAGCUUUGGAGUGUGGAUCAUCCACCCCUACAGUGACUUCAGGUUUUACUGGGACAUCGUGAUGCUCCUGUUGAUGAUGAGUAAUCUGAUCAUUUUGCCGUGGGGAAUCACUUUCUUUGAAGACCAGAACACCUUGCCCUGGAUCACUUUCAAUGUCCUGUCCGACACUCUCUUCCUGAUGGACCUGGUUUUCAAUUUCCGCACGGGCAUCCCAGGAGAGGACAGCCACAUCAUACUGGACCCCAAAGAGAUCCGAAAGCAGUACCUCCGCACCUGGUUCCUGGUAGAUUUUAUCUCCUCCAUCCCCGUGGACUACAUCUUCCUCAUUGUUGACCUGGAAGCCCGGUACGAGUCGUCUGACGUGUAUCGCACUGCCCGUGCUCUCCGCAUUGUGCGCUUUACCAAGAUCCUCAGUCUGCUGCGUCUUCUCAGACUGUCCCGCCUCAUCCGCUACAUCCACCAGUGGGAGGAGAUUUUCCACAUGACCUAUGACCUUGCAAGCGCUGUGGUGCGUAUAGUCAACUUGAUUGGCAUGAUGCUGCUGUUGUGCCACUGGGACGGCUGCCUGACCUUCAUGGUGCCUAUGCUGCAAGACUUCCCUUCAGAAUGCUGGGUAUCCAAAAACAAUAUGGUGAACGAUACAUGGCACAUACAGUACUCCUACUCCCUGUUUAUGGCCAUGAGUCACAUGCUCUGUAUUGGGUAUGGAGCUCACCCUCCGGAGGGCUUGUCUGAUGUUUGGCUCACCAUGAUCAGCAUGGUGGUGGGAGCCACCUGCUACGCCAUGUUCCUCGGUCAUGCAACUAACCUGGUGCAGUCCCUAGAUGCAUCACAUCGGCAGUAUCAAGAGAAGUAUAAGCAGGUGGAGCAGUACAUGUCAUUCCACAAACUGCCAGGAGACGUGAGACAGAGGAUCCACGAUUAUUACGAGCAGCGGUUCCAAGGCAAGAUGUUCGACGAGGACAGUAUCUUCGGAGAGCUCAGUGAUCCGCUGAAGGAGGAGAUUGUUAGCUUUAACUGUCGUGGUCUUGUUGCAAACAUGCCGCUGUUUGCCAACACUGAUCCUCAUUUUGUGACGGUGAUCCUGACCAAGCUGCGUUUCGAAGUCUUCCAACCAGGAGAUUUGGUCAUACGAGAGGGGACGCUGGGUAGGAAAAUGUAUUUCAUCCAGCACGGCUCAGUCACCGUCAUCCCUCGUGGUAGCAAGGAGAUUUCGCUCAAUGACGGAGCAUAUUUUGGGGAAAUCUGCCUGCUGACUCAAGGACGGCGCACGGCCACAGUGAAGGCCAACACCUACUGUCGCCUCUACUCCCUGAGUGUGGACAGCUUCAACGAGGUCCUGGAGGAGCAUCCUCUGAUGAGGAGGGCGUUUGAGAGUGUGGCUGUGGACAGACUGGACCGGGUCGCUCGAAAAUCCAGUUACCAGCCUCCCCCUGACUUACCUAAUUAAGACAAACUGCAGCUGGAAAUACAGAGGAUAUUUGUCUCAGUUUGACUGAACUUGACUACGUAACACAAAAACAUGAGCCUCUGAAUUUGUAUGCAUUGCUGGAUGAGCCGAUACAAACCCUCAAUUUAAUUUAUGAGCACACAAACGCUGCACUUUGCUGGUCUAUACUAACCUAAGCUCAGUUCUCUUUUGCUUGGCUCUCUAAAGCAAUCUGAUCUGUGUACACUUUUCAUUAGCACAGUUGUCUACAAAUGGUAAAAGCCGAAUAAAACACUGUUCAAUGUAGCUGUAAGCAUAUUAAAAUUUUGGCUGCAUGUGUGAUUUUGCACCACUGGCAACACAAGCUUUUCUAAGUUCAAGUACUGCUCACAGAGUGAUUUCUACCUUCCUGUCAGCUUUCUGAAACCACAGUUCCAUUAUCCAUCACAUCAUUCAUACCGGAUAUUAGAAGCACACAGGAGCACCAGCUGGCUGAUUCAUCAUACAGCUGCGUGUGUGUAUCCCUGGUUUAAAUGAUGUCUCAGGUCUAUAGGUUGAAUAAGCGAGGCUUUAAUUCCAUUGUUCACUGAGGAUAAGCUGCUGUGAUGUAAUAACUGUAAGAGACAUGUUUUACUCAAUAACACACUGCUGUUUAAAUGACCAUAUUUCAUUGUGCUCACGUGGAGUGUGGGGUAAAAUUAACUCAAAGGGAUCUUACAACAUAGUAUUAAAAGUCCGGAUUUAUGUAAAGUUGCUAAUGUUAUGUUAAAAUAACACCUUAACCUAUUUAUUUUUUAUUUUGAUUGAGUUACAGUUCUUCUUCAAAUGUUUAUGGAAAUGACCUCCAGUAUGUUAAAAACAGAAGACUGUAACAGAUGCAGAACAACCCUUUAUAGUUCAUUUGAUUUUAUAUGAUUUGUAAGUCAAUACACAGGCUUGUAAUAGGUCAAUAAAGAGAGUUACUGCUGAUGGCCUGAUUUCCUGUGGAAUAAAUAGAAAUGCUGAUUUUGUUAAGAUGAGGAAUAGUCUUUAAGUCACCUUCUCUAACACAUGCUGUAUGUACUUCAGUCAAUGUUCUGAUUACAACUGUUUUUUUUUCAUGUUCAUUUCAGUGGAGAAAACAGCCUGCUUAUAAAAUUCCCCUUCACUUAUUGGUUUAAUAUUAUCCACAAUGUCUAGCCUAUCCUUUU